CAAAAGUGUCAAACAUAUGUUUUUAUUUACUAACAACAUCCUUGUUGAUUGCAUUUGAUUAUAUUUGUAAACAAGGAAUAUUAACUAUUACUAGGAAAAUAUGAGCUUACCAACUGAUUUUGGGCCAGAUUCUGGCGGACGCAUGAAGGGAAUCUGUAUAGUAAAGCCCAUAGUCUAUGGAAACAUUGCGAGGUACUUUGGUAAAAAACGAGAAGAGGAUGGACACACUCAUCAGUGGACAGUAUAUGUUAAACCUUACAACAAUGAAGAUAUGUCCGCUUAUGUUAAAAAAGUGCAUUUUAAACUACACGAAAGUUAUGCCAACCAAAACAGGAUUGUUGUGAAACCGCCAUAUGAAAUAAGCGAAACUGGUUGGGGAGAAUUUGAGAUCGUUAUUAAAAUUCAUUUUCAUGAUCCUAAUGAGAGACCGGUAACUUUAUACCAUAUUUUAAAACUAUUCCCAUCAGGAGGCACUCAGGAUAUAGGAAUGGAACAAGGAAAAGGUCUAGUUUCAGAGAGUUACGACGAAAUUGUUUUUCAAGAUCCCACUCAACUUAUGCACCACCUCUUAACGAACACGAGGCAGCUUACUUUAGGGAAAUGGGAGCAUAAUACUAAUUUUGAGGAGAAAAAGGAGAAGACUUUGAAAUCUAUCAUGGACGCCAAACAGAAAAUUAAAUCUGAAAUCGUGGUUUAUAAAAAUAAACUGAAAUUAGCCAAAGAGACUAUACAGCAGUUUAAGGACGAGAUUGCCAAGUGUCAAGAGUCACAAGGACCGGUUUGAAAAAAAAAGUUAUGUAUCAGAUUGUAUAGUAUUUAUUUAAUAAGCAUAAUAAUAAACAUUGACUUUUUCUAAGAUAAA